AUGGAAGCAAUUUUGACAAUUCGCGCCUUUGGAAAAAUUCACAUUUUGUACAGUCAAAACACAAACUGAAUUGCUUUAAGUGCACAAAAACCUGCUCGAAUUGUAAAAAAUGGAUACCUGCAGGGAGGGCGGGGCGGCUGAGACAAGCAUUUCAAAUUUUACGUCCAGCUGCAAUCUGCUGGAUCUGGACCAAGAGAUCAAGUGUAAGGCACUUGCCGCCUUUCGCAAAUCGAACGCGGGUGGCGGGCUAGCCAAGAAACGCGAUGUGCAAGAAUUUCUCUGCUGUGCCAUCUACUGUGAGCUGCAGCGUGUGAAGAUUCAGGAUAUGCUCGAUGCCAAGCACAGGCCCGACGAGACGAAGAAUGUGGCGGAAAAGGCACGCACCAGUUGCUGGAACUUGUCGCUGACCAAACUACUCACGGCCUUCAAAGUAAACAUAUGUCGGUUUAUGCGCCGAAUGAAGCAGUGGAACAUGAUGGCCAAGAACGAGAUGGUCUUUCAGCAGGAAAUCGACGAUCUACAGAGACGGCUAAGCAUAACCCUGAUCAUAAGGAAUUACUAUCAGCGCGCAUUCGAUCGCCUGUUCGUAUUGCCAGAGGAGGACACGGAGAACACAGAGAGCCGUUCCCUAUACCAAUCCCUGUAUGAGUUUGGCUGGGUGCUGUUUUUGACCAUCAGAAACGAGCUGCCCGGCUUCGCCACUUCGAAUCUGGUCAAUGGCUGUCAGGUGCUCAUCUGCACCCUGAAUUUGCUCUACGUGAAUGCCCUGGAGGUGGGUAAUCCCGAGGUGAUCAACAUGUCUUUUGAAGGUUUGCCCAGCACAUGGGGCAACGACGACUUUGACGAUACUCUGCUGCUCAAGUACAGUGCACUGAAGGCCAUCUGCUCGCUGAUUCCAGAGCUGCCGAUGAAGGGUGUGCACGUCAUGCAGAAGGCCUUCUUCCACAAGGCUCUGGUGGUGCUGUUCUUGGAUCAGAGUCUGCUGGGCAACGACACCUUCAAGCGGGAGAUCGUCAAGGAGGGCCUCCUGGACGUCAAUUUGGGUACGCUCAACCGGAACUACACAAAGCAUGUGUCCGACAUUAGCGAGAUCGAUGAGCGGGUACUGCUGUCUCGCAAAGAGGCAGCGCCCGCGAUAAACCAGCCUAAGACUCCUUCCCGCUACAAGCACUUGCAUAAGCUGCCAAAUGCCAUGCCCUCGGAGAUCACUGAAGCCUUGGAUGCAGAGGAUGUUGAUGUGAUCAGCAGUUUGGAUAAACGCCUGUGCGUCAUGGCCCGUGUAUUCGCUAAGUCUUCGCGGGACUUCUUGAGCACAGAGGAAGCCGACGCGUGCUUCAUGAUGUCCUGCCGACUAUACUAUCACUUCCUGCAGAAGAUCACCAGCUCGGAGCUGAAGCUGAAGCCACACCUGAAGAUGGUUCAGCUGCUGAAAAAUAGAAGUCUCCAUUCCACACUGAUAGCCUGCUCCCUGGAGCUGGCCAUGCACAUUCAAGAGGUGCGCGUGGAGGAGCUAAAGUUUCCCUUCAUCUUGAAGUGUUACGCCCUCGAUGCGUACGAAUUUCAGAAGAUCCUUGAAGUGGUGGUGCGACACGACACUGGUCUGCUCGGUCGCGAUCUGACCAGGCACCUGAAUGCCGUCGAGAUCGAAUGUCUCGGAUCGCUGAUAUUCCGCAACGACUCGCUACUGUGGAAAGUAUUGUCCACACAACGUUGCUUGCCCACCUGCAACGAAGUACAGGCCAAUGGCAAGGAGAAUGCUGCGCGAUCAAGAGCAGAGCCAAGGCCCGGCUUAAGCAUCUGUCUGCGCAAGUUCUAUAGCCUGGCCAACCUUCGCCUCCUUAAUCUCUGCCAGAGCCUAGCUUUGAUGAAAUAUUUUAACAAAAUCUGGUACAUUGCAGAGUACUCGUUCAUCCAACACUGCGGAUAUCUGCUCAAGCAGCGGGAGCUCGACCAGUUGCUAAUCUGUGCCAUCCACUUGCAUGGCCGCGUAACGCGCAAGCCCCUCAGCUUCCACCAGAUACUCCAGCACUAUCGCUGCCAGCCACACGCUCGCAGUCAAGUCUAUCGUUUGGUUAGCUUGGGCAAUUUCCGAAGCGGCAAUAUCAUCGAGUUCUACAACAAGAUCUACAUAAAGAGAAUGUUGAAGUUUGCCCAAGAUCUGCGCAAAGCAACAGUCACUGUGCCGCGCUCUGUGCUGCAUGAAAAACCGCCGCAAAGCAAUCAAAUUUCACUUAAUAUUUCCGUUUCCGCAAAGAAUCUGCGCUAUCCCAGUGGCACGUCGAUAAAAAUAUUAAAAACCAAGCCAGACUCCGUGGUUGAGGAGACGUUGGUGGAGCCAGAUCAGCUGAUAAUCACACCACUGAAGCGUACCAAUUCCGCCAAAGAACUUGGUCCGCUGCCAUACCCAAACAUAUUCAAGCGCCAGUGCAUUCAAUCAGCGAUCUGAUCUGGAUCUACUCAUCCAUAUUUCUGGCUACAUUUUACGUAGCAUAUAGAUUAUGCUCUAGCUAUCACCUUAAGAAAUCAUUAUGUAAGAGAAAGAGCAACGCUCAUUGAAUUACUCGAAAUGAAGUAACUAAAAUAAACGAC